AUGGCCGAUGUGCCAAAGGAUCUUCUCCAGCAGAUCGAGCGGCUCGAAAAGCUAUUCACGGUUGACGCGCACAUGCUGAAGAAGGUCACUGACCACUUCAUUACUGAGCUUGAUAAGGGCUUGUCAGUCGAGGGAGGUAGCAUCCCUAUGAACCCAACAUGGUGCAUGGGUUUCCCCACUGGUGAUGAGACCGGGACUUUCCUUGCGCUGGAUAUGGGUGGAACAAACUUGCGAGUUUGUGAGAUCAUCUUGACUGACCAAAAAUCUGAAUUCGACAUCAUUCAAUCCAAAUACCGCAUGCCAGAAGAGCUGAAGACUGGCGAGUCCGAUGAACUUUGGGAGUACAUCGCAGACUGUCUUCAACAAUUCGUCGAAACCCACCAUAAUGGUCAAAAGCUCGACGAAUUGCACUUGGGUUUCACCUUCUCCUUCCCAGCCACACAAGAUUACAUAGACCACGGUGUUCUCCAACGAUGGACCAAGGGAUUUGAUAUUGCAGGUGUUGAAGGCGAGAAUGUGGUUCCUAUGUUUGAGGCUGCCAUCGCCAAGCGGGGCGUUCCCAUCAAGCUAACUGCUUUGAUCAAUGAUACUACUGGUACCAUGAUCGCUUCUGCUUAUACCGACCCCAAGAUGAAAAUUGGAUGUAUUUUUGGUACUGGAUGUAACGCAGCUUACAUGGAAGAUUGUGGAUCGAUUCCGAAGUUGGCUCACAUGAACCUCCCAAAAGAUAUGCCAAUGGCUAUCAACUGCGAGUGGGGUGCCUUUGACAACGAGCACAAAGUUUUGCCACGAACUCAAUACGACAUCAUCGUCGAUAAAGACUCUCCACGUCCGGGUCAGCAAGCUUUCGAGAAGAUGAUUGCUGGUCUAUACCUCGGUGAAAUCUUCCGUCUCGUAUUGGUGGACCUUCACGAUAACAAGGAGAUCCACAUCUUUGAGGGCCAGAACAUUGACAAGCUCCGAAAGGCAUAUACCUUGGACUCAUCAUUCCUUUCCCUGGUCGAGGAGGACCCUUUUGAGAACUUGUCUGAGACGGGCGAUCUUUUCAGUAACAAGCUAUCUAUCACCACAACCCGCCCUGAGCUCGAGCUCAUCCGUCGUCUUGCAGAGCUGAUCGGAACCCGUGCUGCACGUCUCUCUGCUUGUGGUGUCGCCGCCAUUGCAAAGAAGAAGGGAUACAAGACCUGUCAUGUCGGCGCCGACGGAUCCGUCUUCAACAAGUACCCCCACUUCAAGCAACGUGGUGCUGUGGCACUCCGAGAGAUUCUUGACUGGCCAGCCAAAAAGAGCCCCAAGGAAGAAGACCCUAUUGAAAUCCUUGCUGCUGAGGAUGGUUCUGGAGUUGGUGCUGCGCUCAUUGCUGCAUUGACUCUCAAGCGCGUCAAGGAGGGCAAUUUCGCUGGUAUUCUGCACCCCGAGAAAUACAAGUAG